GCCCGGCGGCCGCGACUUCCGCUCGCUGCCGGCCGAGAACGCCACGGCUAUCGCAGCGGGGUUGCUCUUCCCAGAGAUCUUCCAGGACACGGCCUUUGAGCUGAAUACCAUGAACCCCGUGCUGCAAGAGCUGUACACCAAUAUGCUGAAGUACUGGAUCGCCGAGGUGGACCUGGAUGGUUACCGCCUCACGGCGGCCUCGCACGUCACGGCGGACUUCACGGCGUACCUCUCGACACACCUGCGCUUCUACGCCUCCGCGUUGGGCAAGGAGAACUUCUUCAUCGUGGGAGAGGUGAACCAGGCCACCACGCCCUUCGGCGAGAGCUACCUGGGUCGCGUGCAGGGCCGUGAGGGGCCGCGGACGCUGCCGAAGAAAGUGCAGGGUGUUUUGGAGGAGCUGUGCCAGUUGCCUGUCGCGAAGAGAUCUGGUGCCGGGAGGUAUUACAGUGCGCUGCCUGACCAAGAACCCGGGCUCCUUUCGAGCUGCCUGGCUAGAGUCGUUUCUGCUGGGGUGAUCUUGGCAGAUUGGCCCAUCCGUCCAUCGUCUGCCCUUGGGGCGUGUGACAUGAAGCGCCCCGCGCCACGUUGGAACCCGCGCCACGGGCGCCGGGGGACUCUCCUCGUCAUGUUGAUGGCGGUGGUGCCGAUGGCUUUUGUGGUGCCGGAGUGGUGGCGACAAGGAUGGCCACGACAGCAGAUGAACAGCAUGGCUGAGGCGGAGUUGCUAUCGCAAGUGGCUGCCUUGUUGAUGCUGGAUUCGGCUCCCCUCGAAGAAAUGUUCCGUAACUUCCCAGCCCCAGAGGGGUGGGGUGGAAACUAUUUGGAACCAGAUCUGAGUUUGUACGGGGUGUUGAAAGAUGAGGAUGCUGCAUUAUUUGUGGAAUAUGAUGGAUAUUGGCGCCAUGAGGAAAAGGAGGGGAUGGAGAAAGAUAUGAAGAAAAAUGCGGCGCUGUUGACCUAUGCCCCUGCAGGGUCAUAUGUGAUUCGCAUCAGCCAUACCACCAACAGGCCGUUGCAAGGGAAUGUUCUUUGGGUCAAGGCUGACACCUGGACUCGAGGUGAGGAGAAGUCACUGUCAACUGUGUUGAUGGACAUUUUCGUGCAGCUGAAGACUUCUGGUUUUGUGGAACUGGUGCAUCCGAGAGUGAGAAGUCGACUGGACAGUCACACUUGUAGCGGUAGCAGCAAACUGUCAUUGGAGGCACAGCUGCUUGUACACGCAACGGUAGUGGUAGGAAGUGGCAAUACAACAGAUGAAAUUUCGCACUUCCUGUCUGCGAAAGGAUUUUCACUUCAAGAUUGCAAGCUGAUGCAGCAGCAGGGAGUAUGUUGUGGAACGUCGAUUGAGCGGACAUUGCAACCCAAAAUACACUGGUUGUCAGACUUGGGGCUGACAAAGAGUCAGGUCGCGAAGGCAGUGGCCACUCAUCCUCUGAUUCUGGGCUACAGCAUCGAUCAGAACUUGAAGCCCACAGUGCAAUGGUUGUCAGACUUGGGGCUGACAAAGAGUCAGGUUGCGAAGGCAGUGGCCACUUCUCCUCAAAUUCUGGGCUACAGCAUCGAUCAGAACUUGAAACCCACAGUGCAAUGGUUGUCAUACUUGGGGCUGACAAAGAGUCAGGUUGCGAAGGCAGUGGCCACUUCUCCUCGAAUUCUUGGCCUUAGCAUCGAUCAGAACUUGAAGCCCACAGUGCGAUUGUUCUUAGAGUUGGGGCUGACAAAGAGUCAGGUUGCGAAAGCAGUGGCCACUUAUCCGCCAAUUCUCUGGUGCAGCAUCGAUCAGAAUUUGCAGCCGACCGUGCAAUGGUUCUUAGAGUUGGGGCUGACAAAGAGUCAGGUUGCGAAGGCAGUGGCCAACUUUCCUCAAAUUCUUGGCCUUAGCAUCGAUCAGAACUUGAAACCCAAAAUACACUGGUUGUCAGACUUGGGCCUGACGAAGAGUCAGGUUGCGAAGGCAGUGGCCACUUCUCCUCAAAUUCUGAGCUACAGCAUCGAUCAGAACUUGAAACCCAAAAUACACUGGUUGUCGGACUUGGGCCUGACAAAGAGUCAGGUUGCGAAGGCAGUGGCCACUUUUCCUCAAAUUCUGGGCUACAGCAUCGAUCAGAACUUGAAACCCACAGUGCAAUGGUUGUCAGACUUGGGCCUGACGAAGAGUCAGAUUGCGAAGGCAGUGGCCACUUCUCCUCAAAUUCUGGGCUACAGCAUCGAUCAGAACUUGAAACCCACAGUGCAAUGGUUGUCAGACUUGGGCCUGACGAAGAGUCAGGUCGCGAAGGCAGUGGCCACUUCUCCUCAAAUUCUGGGCUACAGCAUAGAUCAGAACUUGAAACGCAAAAUACACUGGUUGUCAACCUUGGGGCUGACAAAGAGUCAGGUUGCGAAGGCAGUGGCCACUUUUCCUCAAAUUCUUGGCCUUAGCAUCGAUCAGAACUUGAAACCCACAGUGCAAUGGUUGUCAGACUUGGGGCUGACAAAGAGUCAGGUUGCGAAGGCAGUGGCCAACUUUCCUCCAGUUCUUGGCCUGAGCAUCCACAAAAAUCUCAAGAACAAGGUGAAGCUUUUGCAAUGGUUCCUGACACCCAGCCGUUUUGUAGGGCUGGUCGCCCAAUGCCCCCGGAUCUUUUCGUACAGCCAGCAGCGGCUAGAGGACCGCGUGCAUGUUCUUUCAAAGCAAGGCAGUUUGGGCAAGCUGAGAGGUGCAAUGUCUCUGACAGAAGAAGCAUUCCACAAGCGUUUUGUAUCGCUUGUAGUGCGGAACAAGAAUCGAUAGCAAUGGAACAAUCCUCGCCGCCUUGAGUUUGCUCGGGAGGAAAUUAGGAAAAGGCCACUGCGCAGGGUGUUUGCCAGUUAGAGCAGUCAGCCAGGUUUGCUCACGCUGCUGUCAAGCGAAACAUACUUCCAAGACAGCCUUGUUCAAUCG